AUGAAUCUCCUCAAAAAUGAGAAGAAAUAUGGUGGAGAAGAACCACCAGAUAAUGUGCCUGUCAAUGUAUGUUAUGCUAUCAUAUAUGGAGGUUCGAUAAUCGUGCCGGACGAGAGGAGCUCCAGCCAUAUUUAUACGCAUGGUUAUUAUGGAUGUUACUUAAAUGAGCGAAUUGAUCGAAUCAAUCAUAGACUUUUGCUGGAGAAAGCAGAUGAGAGUGAUAACAUCGUAAAACGGCUCAAUGACCCGGAAGGAGUGUGGAGGGAUAGGAAACCAACUCAUGAACGUCUUUAUCUCAGUCCUGAAGAGACCAUUUUCUUAUCAAUCGAUAUGAAUGUGUUGGUGGUAUCUGAGAACAAGAAGGAACUCACCCCAGAGGAGGUAUACUGUCUGCUCGAACUCACCGACUUCCUCGGCCUGGUCCUUCGCUUCGAAAAAUCCACGUAUGCUCCUCGGUAUCUUCGAAUAAUGGAUGUGAUUUAUCAAGGAAGUCCUGAGGCACAUCAUGCAGCUGCUGGUGUAAAGAUGGAAUCUCAGAUGGAUGCAUGCACUUUCAUUGGUUUCAAUCGAACAUUAACCAAUAUGAGAAAGGCCCUUGUAAUUGUGACACCAUUGGUGCCAGAAGGCUUGAACACGAAUGACCAUAGAUGUGCUGAAUCAAUUCAGCUUUCUAUGUCCACGUCAACGUCCAUGUUUGUGGAGCGAAAGAUGAAUGAGAUAAAGAAGAAAGAGGUGGAGGAAUACAUGCGAGGCCUUAAAAGGAAAGCAGAAGAGUAA